AUUAUUUUUUGCGCUGCUAAAGAACAACAACCAAACGAAAAUAAAUAGAAUUGUACAACAAAAACGAAAAGAUAAAAUAACAGAAAGAAAUUUAAACGUAACGGACAGUUGCUAGCAAACAGCAGCAAUAAUAAUAACAACGGCAAAACAAAUAAAAUCAAAUAAAAUCACACAAAAACACAACAACAGCAACUAAAUAAAAAAGCAAACAACACGAACACAACAGCAAUAACAAAACAAGCACAAAAUAAUAACAAUAACAAAAGCAGCAACAACAACAAUUAGGAAUAAAUAAAAAAGAAGAAGAACAUCAUCGUGUCUAUACAAAUCGUAUGUAUUUUGCUUUCGUUCUUUUAAUGUUAUUGUUACAGAACAACAAAAAAACAGCAACAACAACAACAAGGUAUUUAUACCAAUCUGAGUUGCUCACACACUAAACAAGCCAAACAACGAGCAGAGACAAAUCAAAACAAUUUGUACCAGGGAGCCAUUAGGCACCGUUACAUUCUCUCUCCACAAUUAAGAACAAGAAGAAAUUGCUCACUACCUUAAAACUCAAAUAGAAAACAAAACCAACAAUAACAACAAUUAUAUGGAAUACUUUUCUAUAUGAAAAAGAAAACAAAAAAUACUCGUCGGUUGUACUUGUGAAAAUUAAUAGAAAAUAAUAAUAUUGAAAAUUUUUAAACGGGAAAAAAGAAAUUAAGAAAAAAUUCAUUAAAUAAAGGAUUAACAGCCCUCAACAUAGGUACCCGUUUGCGUGAACAUACUCUUCAUAAAACCAAAAUGAUUUAUAUCGAUGAUUCAGAACCGGAAGGGGAAUUAGAACCAGCUUUUCCCUAUAGAGAUGUGACCAUACAAAGAGGAGUGGAUGCUAAUGAAUUAUAUGAAAUUUUAGGGGAAGUGGGCAGAGGCAAAUUUGGCACUGUCUAUAAAUGUCAGGACAAAAGCAAUAGCCUCAAAUUGGCCGCCAAAUUUGUGCCCAUACCCAAACGUGAAGAUCGCCGUAAUGUAGAGCGAGAAGUGGAAAUUAUGAAUUCUUUGCAACAUCAUCUUAUCAUACAAUUAUAUGCGGCCUAUGAAUAUCAGAAAAUGAUGUGUGUCGUCCAAGAAUUAGUAGAAGGAGGUGAAUUGUUUGAUCGUGUGGUGGAUGAUGAAUUCGUUUUGACAGAACGUGUUUGUGUGGUGUUCAUACGUCAGGUGUGCGAGGCCAUGGAGUUUAUACAUCGCAACAAUAUUUUACAUUUAGAUUUGAAACCGGAGAAUAUUUUGUGUUUAACCCAGGAGGGUAAUCGCAUUAAAAUCAUAGACUUUGGUUUGGCAAGAAAAUUUGAUCCAGACAAAAAACUACAGAUUCUCUUUGGCACUCCGGAGUUUGUAGCACCAGAAGUAGUAAAUUUUGAUAGUAUAUCGUAUGCCACAGACAUGUGGAGUGUGGGGGUCAUAACUUAUGUGCUCAUCUCCGGCCUGUCCCCCUUUAUGGGUGAAACCGAUAUAGAAACAAUGGCAAAUGUAACCAUUGCCAAGUAUGAUUUUGAAGAUGAAUCCUUUGCCAAUGUAUCGCCCGAAGGUAUUGAUUUCAUAUCAAAACUAUUAGUAAAAGACUUGAGCACCCGCAUGACAGCUGCCCAAUGUAUGAAACACAAAUGGUUGCAGAGACGUCCUAAAAGUCCUCCCAAAGUGGCUCCAAAACCUUUAAAUAUACCAGCGGCUCAGCUGAAAGCCAGCACACCUUCACCCAUACCGCCAAAUAUCGAUAAUGAUGAUAGUUCAGGGUCGCUGACACAUGAUGAGGAGGACGAGGAAUUGUCAGGGACAAAGGAAUUGGACACAACAAAGGAUAAUCUGAAAAAUUUCAUAGAACGCUGGGAGGAACAUCCCAACAGUCCGUAUGUGUUUGAUGUCGAGGGAAAUGUAAUUGCGCCGCUCAGCGAAACGGAAUAUAAACAGCCUCAUGAAGCUGACAGUAUAUCAUCGUCUAGAGUCUGUUCACCUUCGCCUUGUGAAUCUCUGGGCACCAUUACUGAUGAGGAAUCGGCACAUUUCACCGAAAUCGAAGAAGAAGAGGAACCACCCACACCCAUCAAUGAGUCCCGGGAAAAACUAUUCCCCUCCUCUAGCGGCUCCGCUACGCCCACACCGCAAAAUCUUAGUUUCGGUUAUCCAUUUGCCAGCAAAUUGGAUGAAUUUAAUGGCAGCAGCAUGAAUUUGCAACAGCGUUCUUUGAAAUCGUAUCUUCAUACAUUCGAUCGUAGAAAUUCGGAUACAAAUUAUUUGCUGGGCAGAAGAUCGUCGGGAGAACGUGUCAAUUUGGCGGAUGAGAUUAAGAAAUUAUCCGAUCAUUUGUUAAUGUUGGCCGAAAUUAAUACUAAAUUUAGCAAAGAUGGCAAACAACAGGGCGAAGAGGCAGAAGGCCAAGACAAAGAGGAGAAAAAAGCCAAGAAACCUAAAGAAACGGGUGCUGAAAAGAAAUCAUCCACGAAAACUUCAACUUCCUCUAAAACAAAAGACAGCAGUGGUGAGAGUAAGUCUGCUAAAGUGAGCAGCAAAACCAGCAGCACAUCUACCAGCUCUAGUAAAACUUCGGAAAAUUCAAUGACAACUAGCACCACCAUUACAUCAUCAUCCUCGACUUCUUCCUCUGCAACAACUACUAGCAGUUUCUUUAGUAAUUUAAAUCCCGGCAAAAGUCGGACUAGUACUUUAUCGUGGCGUCUGCAGCAGUCCAUUGAAGAAACUCCCAAAUUGAAUACCAACAGCUGGUCCAAUAAAUCAGUUGAAGCCAGCAGUUCCACAACUACCACCAAAAAGUCCUCAGUCAGCACUAUUUCAACGGGAAAUGCUAAAACCUCUAAUGAACACAAAUUCAAUGAGGCAGCCAGCAUAAGAAGAGCCAAAUUCCGCAUCAAUCAAAUGAGCCGUGAUGUACCCAUUGGCCUGCCCGACACUCAUCAGACCGUCAACCUAGAAGAGGCCGCCAACAAUACCAAAGAUUGUCUGCUACAUUUGUUGGAGAAGUAUAAUGACACCAAGACACGCAAUCCCCUGGGACGCCACCAGAGCAUCAGUGUCGACUGCAAUGUGCGCGAUAAUUUGGAAUAUCGUUCCAUGAGCUCUAUCAAUGCUUUCUUUCAAAGACACAACAAUAAUGGCGACAUGGUGAAACAAUUGCAGGCCCAAUUAAAGGAAAAAACUGGUGAUUCAUAAUGGAGCAAACUAAAUACAGCAACGUGUUGUUCAAGAAUAUUAAUUUUGCAUGAAUAAAUUCCUAGUCUUUAAUAGUUUAAUUGAAAUAUAAUGCUCAAAUGAAGAAAAAAAUCCCAAAAAAAAGUUAUUUAAUGCUUAAGCAAAUCUUACAAUUUUAUUUUUUUGUUAAUUAAAUAUUUUAUUUAUUAUUUAUUUUAGUUAGAUUUGUAAAUAAUAAUGGAAUGAUUUAUUAAUAAAGAAUAUGUGAAUUUAAAA